AUGUAUAAUUCUAGGAAAGUACGAUACAUUUCUAGUCCGGAAUUCGGAAAAAUUGAAGUUCCUAAGAAGACUGCUCAGUCAAAUAACAUAAAGGAACUUGCAAAAAUCUAAAAAGAGAAGGAUGAAUGGUCAAAGUACAUGAAUCCAGGUGGAUUUAAACCUACAAUUACAUCACAUUUUAGAAAGCCCUAAAAUGAAAUAGACUUCUUAAACCAUGAAAUGGUUCUCAUUAGAUCACCAAAAGAUUGUGGGUAAGAGUGGGCAAGCUUUAGACUUUCACCUUUCCUCUCAAAGCCAGAGAUUAAACAAUACUUAAUGAAGGUAUAUAACUUAAAUGUGAAAUCUAUAAACACUGCAAAUUUUAUGGGAAGAAUAGUCAGAGAUCAAGAAAAAGCAGGUUAUUUUAGAAAGACCGAUAAAAAAAAGGCAAUGGUAAAAUUAGAUUUCAAGGUAGAUCCAGAGCUUCAAAAGCAUAUUUGA